AUGUGCAAGUUUUUUGUUGUAUUGCAGUUUGCAAACGAUGGAGAAAACAAAAGUGAAGUGAAUGACACGAAGCAAGCUAUGUAUGUAACGUUUUCAGUCAAGAUUCAUUUAUUACAAGGACACAAUUUGGUAAUUCGAGAUGCAUCAGGAAGCAGUGACCCAUAUGUCAAAUUUAAGUACAAAGGUCGAACCUAUUACAAAAGUUCAAUAAUUUUUAAAAAUUUAAAUCCAAUUUGGAAAGAGGAAUUUACGUUUUUGGUAGAUGAUAUUACUGUACCAAUUUGUUUGGAUGUUUAUGAUUACGAUCGUUGGGCAAGUGAUGAUUACAUGGGUGGUGCAAUAAUUGAUCUUAGUCAAUUAAAAUUUUUUCAAAGGUUAGCGCUUAAAUUAAAACUUUACGAAGAGGGCAAUAAUGAAGAUAUGGGUGAAAUCGACAUUGUUGUUAGCAUCUUUCCCUUAAAUGAAAACGGCAAAGAAGAGUUCUUGAAAAAAUCAACGCGUGGAAUAAUUUGUGAGCGACAAAAGAAAACACCACAAAAAAUUACACAAAUUUGGUCAUCAAUCGUAAAUAUUGUAUUAAUAGAAGGAAGAAAUUUAGCAUCACCAAAUGCUUCUAAAUACACUUUUCCAGAUUUAUUUGUAAAAUUCAAGCUUGGAAGCGAAAAAUACAAAAGCAAAUCUGUUUUACGGAAUAACAAUCCUAAAUGGUUGGAACAGUUUGAUUUACAUAUGUUUGAUGAUUCUAAACAUUUACUGGAGAUGAUGGUAAUUGAUAAGAAAACAAAUACAAGUAUUGGAAGAUAUAGUAUAGAUUUGGAUAAGCUGGAAAAAGAAACUUCUCAUCAAAUGGCUUGCGAAUUGGAUCAUAGCGUUGGUACAAUAUUAUUGUUAAUCUCAAUUACGGGUACAGCAUCCACUCAUGCGGUUACUGACCUGUCCGAAUAUUCCAAUAUUAAUAUCAGAAGUGCUAACAUCAAAAAAUAUAGCUUAUGGAAAACGCAUGAGUCCCUUACAGAUGUUGGAUUUUUAACUGUAAAAGUGUUUCGGGCACGAAAUUUAGCAUCUAUUGAUGUAAUUAACAAAAGUAAUCCAUAUGUUGUCGUGGAAUUAGUAAAUGCAUUAUUGCAAACUCAUACUGAAUAUAAAACGAUUAAUCCUGAAUGGAAUAAGCUUUUUACAUUUGCUGUGAAAGAUAUUCAUUCUACACUUGAAAUUACGGUUUACGAUGAAGAUCCGAAUAAGAAGGCUGAAUUUCUAGGAAAAGUUGCAAUUCCACUGCUGAAGAUUCGAAAUUGCGAAUCAAAGUGGUAUACUUUAAAAGACCGCAAGCUACAGGCGCCAGCUAAGGGUCAAGUGUUACUUGAAAUGGAUAUCAUUUGGAAUCCUAUACGUGCAGCCUUGCGCACGUUUAAUCCACGUGAACGAAAAUAUAUGCAAGAGGAACCAAAAUUUAAAAGGCGUUUGUUUAUCAACAAUUUUACAAGGCUAAGAGAAUUUUUAUUGACUGUUGCGCAAAUUCGAGAUUACAUACAAAGUUGCUUUGACUGGGAUUCACCAAUGCGUUCUUUACUUGCAUUUAUGUUAUUUGUGACUUUUAUAAAUUACUUCCAAAUAUAUCACAUUCCACUUCUUAUACUGCUUAUCUUCUUCCUUCAACCAUUCACUAUGCAACGUGGAAAGCAAAAACUUUCUAGGAAGAAUAGCAACAUUAAAUUAGCUUCUGGUUCUGAAGAUGAAUACGAAACUAUCGAUAUGGUUGAGAUAGCUUUAAAAAAAAUCAGCAUAAAUUCAAUGACUAAUAAUUGUUUUUUUAUAACUAUUAUGCCAACUUUUUAUUCUCCUCACAUCGGACAAUUAGUGAAUAAAUCGUCUUCAAUUCGCCAACGAUUCAAUACUUUGCAAGAUGCAAUGGUAGAAGUACAAAAUACUGCUGAUUUUAUUGCGUCACUUUUGGAACGAAUUCGCAACACAUUUAAUUUCACUCAGCCUUACCUAUCAGUCUUGGCUAUAGUGGUACUUAGCAUUGCUACUAUUUUGCUCUAUUUGGUACCAUUAAGGUGGCUUGUUAUGAUCUGGGGUGAGUGA